AUGACAACAUUAAAAUUUAUACCAUAUUCAAGUGCAUUAGAUACAGGAUUUUGGCAUGAAUUAACACGUCGAAAACUUGAUAUUUAUCGACUUGAUUCAUCGAAUCAAUCGAUUUAUGGUUAUUAUUCAAAUGAUGCAAAUGAUAAUAUGCCAGCAUUAUUCAAUAUUGAUCAUCGAUGUUUUGAUGAAAAUAAUAAAAUUUCAAAUCAACAACAACAAUAUUCUGUAAAUGGUACUUUAAAACUUGUUAAUACAAUUGAAGAAUUUAAAACAUUUGAUAUUGAGAGUGCAUUAAAAUCUGAAAGUAGUAUUAUUGAUUUUCAUAGUGGUCAAUGUCCAGCAUCGAUACAUCCUGAUCGUGAAGAAUCAGUUCCUGAAUCAGUUUCAUGUCUUGGUAUUGUUCCACAUACAAUACGUAGUUUUCUUAGUCGAUAUUCAACUGUAUUACCAACUGGUGAAGCAUUUUCACAAUGUGUUGCUUGUUCACCUAUAGUACGUAAAGCUUUUCAAGAUGAUGGUUUUUCAUUUCUAUUAAAAGUCUUUAAUGAUUUAAAUUAUUUGGAAAAUUUAACUGGUCUACGUGCAAUGCAAUUAGCAGCUGAUCUUCAUGAAAUAAUUGAAUUGAGUGAUGAUGAAGAGAUUUAA